AUGGCCACUGGACCCCGAACCUACCGUUACCAGUUCGCUUUAUGUACUGGUAACGACGACAGCGAAUACUACGACCAAACUACUGCAUUGUCACAAGCUUUGAUCAACCGGAGCUUCCGUCACCUUUUUGAGAAUACUGAAGGAGUUGCCGGAAUUGAUCACUUCGAUGAUGCUGCCGGCGACAGAAUCUUUGGCGUGCUUGAUGCGCCGACACUUAUGUUGAUUGGUCACACGGUUGAUGAGAGCCUGGCCUACUACCAGCUUCGAAUCAAGGAAGCCAAUGUUGUUUUUCGAAAUGGCCAGACACGGACCCUUUCCCAAUGGGCUCUGACCGUCAAGGUCAACUUGAGCGAAGUCUCUUUGGAGAUCCAACCAUCAGAAGAUGAAGAAACACGCAAGAACAAGGAGUAUUGGAAACAGGAUAUCGCGAGAAGAUAUCCUGGCCUUGAAGUUGGCGACUAUCGUGCUCAGCGCAUCUUUGCCAACUUUUCGGCUGCUCAAUGGAAGAAACCAAUAGAAGAACGAAGUACGUGCUUUGACCAAAAGGCAAAGAAGACCAUAGCACUCCAAGAAUGGAAAGAUCAAGCUGAGAACUCCGGUUACUUUUAUCGCAUUAUGGAUCUCAUCGAUGGAUGGGCUAAAACACAGGCUCAUGAAGGCUUAUCAACCUUGGGUAUCAAGUUUUCUUUAUAUCAGGACCCCGAUGAAAUUAAGCGACCAACCUUCAAACCGAUGUUACAGCACAUUCAGGUCUAUCCAUACAAAAGCCAAAAGUGCCCUAAUGGAACAACGGCCAUCAGAGAUCCAUCGAAAAUAACUCAGGAAGCGCCUUUCGGAGAUCUUGUUCAUGGAGACUUCAACUGCUUGAUGUUCUGUGAAAAUGUGGAUACAAGCUGGAACGUGCCUGGUAAGUCCACCAAUUCCAUCUUUCGCUCCCUUCCCCAGAAGAAGCAUAUGAGUCACUCCUAUAACAUGGCCUGUCCCGUCUCAGAUGAUGAUCCGAAACUCCCAGAUUUGCUCGGUACCUUUGCCAUGGACUAUAGAGUCGUCAUGCACCGCUAUCUUCUUCCUGCGCUCGAGGAUCUCUGCCUUGCUACAGUGGUCAAGAUAGAGGAGCCAGAACGUACGAUUGCGGUGCCGGAUAUAGCAUUCAACCCCCGCUAUACUAUCGGCUGUCCACGUACCGAGAGAGAGCUGAAUAGCUCGCCUGAUACCGAUAUCAAAUUCACGAAGCUGUCAGAUCGUCAUUAUCAAUGGAUAGUGAGAGAUAGCAAAGGAGAGACAGGGCAUCGCUUCACAGAUGGCCCUUACAGCUAUCACCGCGACAGGUAUAAUUCUUAUCAAAUUGAUACUGAAUCUAAAGUCGAAGUUGAGUGGGCGACUGGACAGUCCGCUAUGGUUAUCUCCGCGUCCGUCUCCUAUAAUUAUAAUUGCGCCUUUGCCAAUAAUAAGGAAAUGACGGAUCAAGUGGAUAGUGUCAAGUACAAUGUCAUUGCUAAGUCAUUUUUCAGUCUUGGACUCCAGCCUGUCGACCUUGAUUACCUUGUCAUCCUCCCCCAAAUCAAGGGCCUCAGCAGAGAAGAUGCUCAAAAUAUCAAAUAUGGCGCUAAUAAGAGUCCCUCUGACCUCCCCGCUGUCUCCGAUGGUGACUUGAAAAUCACAUCUUUCCCCGUCUGCAUAACAGCAACAGGGAAAGGGCGCGAUGAUAGCGAGUUUAGGCUGAAGACGGAUCUCGAAAAGUCACUAAGGAUAGGGAUUGAAAGGUUCACUAGCAGAGUCGACGAACAUUUCAGGUGGGGAAGAGGAAAGUUGAUAUUCCCCGGGCACGGGAAUCUACUGCUCAUGAACCCCAAAUUCACAAAGUUCGGCGGCAUUGUUGCUGACGUCGGUCUGCGGCGAAAUGAACCCAAUGGGACAAUGUCGUUUCCUAAACCCGGGCCAAGUCCUCCCUCUGGGGACAAAGGACCAGGUCCACAAAAGCCUUCCCCAGAUGUCCCUAAGCGAAAAGAGGAAAAUGACCUCAAACUCAGUUGGGAUCAUCAAGUCUCUUACAACCCACAAUCAAAGAUCGGCCGACUAUCAUUACGAGCUCUUAACAGCAAGAAGGAAGAUUUGAGCUUUCACUUCAUUCGCAUCAGCCUUUUAACAUCGACGUCAACCCAUACCCGCCCGUUUGAUGACACAGAAUGGAGCAAAGCACCGGAUGCCAAAGCCUUGGACGUACUCUUCUCACAUGGCAAGUACACAUAUGUGGACUCUGAUUCCAAGGAUCCUCCGUUGGAAGUGGAAUUACAAGGCAAUGUCUAUCAACUUAACAAGAGCAAAGGAUGGUCUACAAACGUUCCUGCACUGGAGGUCAAGUUAAACAGAGACAGAAAUGCUAGAGAGAUGCAGGCUUCUAUCCAAGGUCUCAAAGGCACUGACUUUAAAGUUCCAAAAGGUCAAGAGUUUACAUUAGAGCUACAAGGUGAAAUCCAGGAAUUAGGGAGAUACAUGAUCAAAAUUUCUGAGUCAUGGAAAAAGGUUCCAGGAUUGAAAUUUGGAGGGGAAGGGAUGGCCAUAAGUCAUAAGGAUAUUGACAUUCAGCCCUAA